AACGCUUCCGAUACGAGUCUACCCCUCUUUGCUCGACAAUUCCACCAGGUGUAUAAGCAGAGCUCGAUUUCCAUCAGGUUGGCUCACUUGCAAUAUCUCGAACGACAUUGAUGAAUCCGUCACCUUAUCGAUUUCCUUCUUCGUCUGCGAACAAGAGAAAACGGGCUGUCAAGAUAUGCCCACGAUGUGGCUUUGCAGGUGAUGACGAAGAUGUCACCCGCGAUCCUGGAAGGGAUCUAAUACUUUCGGAUGGCAAUUUUGCGCGAAGCUAUAUGGAAUGGCUCGAGAGUGAACGCGCCAGGUUGAUUUCUGGAAUACAAAAGGCUUGCCAAAGACUAAUGGCAGCGAACCUCUGGCCAAAUGAGUCCCUGCCGCCUGAUGGACAGCCGCUUAGUAUACGCCACAUUCUUUCUACAUUGGACCUACCGCAAAUCUUGGAAUCGCAUCCGAUGAUUCGUGUACCUACGGAAGAUCCAGAUCCAAAUCUGGUAGAGACGAUGUCGCCACUUAUUAGAAUACCGACAUUGGAAAGAGAGAUUGAUAAGCUGGAUUGAUCCAGGUGCUCCUGCACCACAAUCACAUGACGAUCGCAACGUACUACCAAGAAAUGUAACCGACCUACAGUCAUCAAACACUGACGUGAAGGUACCCACUCAUCGAUGGCUAUCUCUGACGACACCCAGAGAAGAUGAG